CAUUAUUAUUCAAUAUUCAGCUCAUGGCUAAAUCUUGCUGCUUUGCUCAGUGUCAAGGGCCGAUUCAGGCUGCCAUUAGACCAGGCCUAUGGUUACCUGGUGUAAGGAACUUGCAUCUAGCUACUGAGACUUGGACAAUAUCUUCAUCUCCACAAGCAGCAUUUGAUGCUAUAGUGGAAGCAGUAGGUUCUAUUGCUGACGAAGAAAAUCUUAUAAUAAGAAAAGAGAGAAAGGCUGAGCUAUAUCUUGAGAUAUGGUCGUACACUCCUUAUUGUAACUGGCUUGAUAUUGUGGAGAUCAGACUUCAUGAUGUGCAACCAGACUCCAGCACUAAUAAUGAAACAAUAGCUGAGGCACGGUCUUUCUCAAGUGGUCUAUUCCCAGCUUGCUGUCCUUUGGGAUUUAUUUUCAGUUCUAUAUUCUUCUGGGUCCCUUUCUCUGGGAAUAAUUUCAAUACGCAUCGACUGGAGGCUAUCAGGAAAGCGAUCACUAGUGCAGCUGUUACUGUUUCUGAUGAAGGACCCACCUGCUGCUGAUUCAGUUUGAACAUUACUAUUAUUAUUAUUCACGUUUUUUAAUCAAAAUACUCUCAUAGCUGUAUUAAUAAUGCAUUUUUAUUGUAAAGAUUAAGUUUACAUUUUGAUUUUGUCCCA